AUCGCCGUCGUUAAGAUGCCACCGGCCGGAAAACUCCAAAAUUCACCAGAGAAACAAUCAAACGAAAUUUUUCAACCUUCCGAAUCAGAAUCCGCGGCAGCGAUUUCCGCAGCCGCGGCGGAUGCGGAGGCUGCGGGAUUAUGGACACAAAUCAAAGCGGAAGCUCGCCACGACGCCGAGGAGGAGCCAGCGUUAGCCAGCUAUCUCUACUCCACGAUCCUCUCUCAUUCCUCUCUCGAGCGAUCCAUCUCGUUUCAUCUAGGAAACAAACUCUGCUCCUCGACGCUCCUCUCCACGCUUCUCUACGAUCUCUUCCUAAACACCUUCACCUCCGAUCCUUCUCUCCGAAACGCAACCGUCGCGGAUCUACGCGCCGCUCGCGUUCGUGAUCCCGCGUGUAUCUCGUUCUCUCAGUGCCUUCUUAAUUACAAAGGCUUCCUAGCGAUUCAGGCGCAUCGUGUCUCGCACAAGCUAUGGACUCAGUCUCGUAAGCCGUUAGCUUUAGCUCUUCACUCACGAGUCUCUGACGUGUUCGCCGUCGAUAUCCAUCCCGCAGCGAAGAUAGGGAGAGGGAUACUUCUCGACCACGCGACAGGUGUUGUGAUCGGAGAGACAGCUGUGAUAGGGAACAAUGUUUCGAUCCUCCACCACGUGACGCUUGGUGGGACGGGUAAAGCUUGUGGAGAUAGACAUCCGAAGAUUGGUGACGGUUGUUUGAUCGGAGCUGGAGCGACUAUUCUCGGGAAUGUUAAGAUCGGUUGCGGAGCUAAAGUAGGUGCUGGCUCUGUUGUUCUGAUUGAUGUUCCUCCGCGGGCGACGGCGGUUGGGAAUCCGGCGAGACUUGUCGGAGGAAAAGAGAAACCAAGGAAUGAUGAUGAGGAGUGUCCUGGAGAAUCGAUGGAUCACACUUCAUUCAUCUCGGAAUGGUCAGAUUACAUCAUUUGA